AUAUGUAAGUUUAUUAUGACGGUCUUGGAAAUUAUACUGGAUAGCAACACGAUUACAUAUGUAUGGCCUUCUACUUUAUUUCCUCUUCAUUAUACUAAAGUACAUAUUUGAACACAUUUCUUAAUUUUUGUACGAUUCCUUUUGCUUGAUCUGGUAAAAAAACUUUUUAUAUCUUGAACGUAUUGAGUAUAUAAAUUAGCAAGCUUGCAGAGUUUGAGUUGCAGUUUAAAUUGUAAAGCUUCAGAAGCAAUUAUGAAACACGCAAAUUUCGUUUUUUUGACAAUUACACUAUUGGUCUUGGAGAUUUAUGCACUCGAUCCUCAUCAGAAAUGUACGAAAUCGGAUCAAAACAUAAGUCGAGAUUGUGUUCUUCACUGCGAAUAUAAAUAUUACGGCUUCGCUGAUGAUCAGUUUAAUAUAAACAAAGCUCAUAGGAACGUCUUGAGAAAUGUUCUACUGAAAUAUCACGUUAUUACAAAUGAUCAGGUUGAGAAAAUCGAUGAGCAUCUAGAAAAAUGUGCAAAGGAAGCAAAUCCCAAAGCGCAAUCAGCUGAAAAGGAUAAAUGCCGUCGUGUGCUUAAGUAUUCUCUAUGUGUCGUGAAUGAUUCUAAGCUAUUUACCUACAAUACCUAUAUGAAGGCCUUAAUUCGCUUCGGUCACACAUUCAACUUAUAAUGUCCAUUAUUAUAAGAAAUCUCUAAAUUCGGAGAGUAAAGCCGUUACUUAAUAAUAUACAUCAGUCAUCAGUUCAAGUAAAGAUUGUAACGAUGUGAUGAAACAAUAAUCAAAUAAACUAAAAUGAGCAUUCUA